CUUGUGCCUGUGUUUAAAACUUUAAACCAUGUCUGCACGCCGUUUUACAAGGAAGGAGAUCGAAGCUCGCAACCAUCGCGGUGAUGCAGCUAUCAUAAUUGACAAUAUCGUUUACGAUGUGACUGGUUUUCUUGAAGACCACCCAGGCGGUGUAGAGGUGUUGCUAGACAACGCUGGGACUGAUGCCUCUAAAUGCUUCCGCGAUGUGGGACACAGUGAUGAUGCGUACACGUGGCGUGAGCAGUACGUGAUGGGAGAGGUUGUUGAGGAAGAAAAGUUGCCUGUAGAGCCUCGGGAAAAGCAGCUGGAUACCACAAGGGAGCCUCUUUCGUUCGGUGCGCUUGUUGGAGUUGCACUGCCUCCUAUUGGUCUUGCGAUCGCGUCUGCGCUUUUGUACUUGUACCUCUUUGGGUAGACU